AAAAUAUCACAAGUGUUUCGAAUGGAACUUAAAAAUCCCUCCAGCAAAGCUGUGAAGAAGUUCAGCUCCAAGGUUGAAAAAGCCUGGGAAAACUAUGAGCAAGUCCAAAAGAUCAAGAGUCAGAUGAGCAAGCUCAUGCCUAACUUUGAUCUUGAAAAGGAGAUCAAUAACAUCAAGACUGAGAAAAUAGACGAAGACCAACCUCUAAGUGCGAAUGAUGAAAGAUUAAAGAAAAUGAAGGAAAAUAUCUUGAAUAAAUACCGCAAGAUGAUAAAGCAGAGGCCUCUGGAUCAUGCCGUGCUUUACUUAAUCCAACAUUCUGAGUUAAUGACAGAUGAUCCAAUCUCAACAGAAAGACUUCUGCUAUGCUGAUGGAAAAGCAGGCAUUUCAAGAGCCUCUCUGUCACUCUUGAUAUGCUAGUUGAAGCAGGAAUCGUCAUAACUCUGUCAGAAUUGGAGGUAAUAGUUCUUGAAUUCCUCAAGAAGGGGAUCCAGCACAAUGAAAAUAUACACAAAUAUGUACAAUAUCUGUCAUUUGCCAAGGGAUAUAGCCUCCCUUCUGAAGUAUGGAAGAAAUAUUUGGACGAGAUUCUGAUUUACGCUUCGAAGAUUUUUAAUAACAAACUUCCAAAAUCAGAGAAUCUAGAAAUCGCAAUGGAUUGCGCAAUGAAUAUGUUCACCGAUGUUUAUAAUAAUACUUGCUUUAGCAAUGGAGUAGAGCAAGUAACUCCUGAGUUCAAAAAGAUCUUGCAGAUUACAUUUGCCUCUCUUGAGACCUUCACUAACAAUGUCAAAUCUGUAGCAGAAAAGACCCAGAAGAGAACCUCUGUUGUUCGUCCCUUCUUGCUCUGCAUUCUGAAAAACAACAUUUCCUUAACUGAACUGUUCAAGAAUGAAUUCUACACUCAAUUCUUUGUGGGUGAACUUGUAAAUUGGGGAUUGGAGAGCCCUGACUUCUUCCAAGCUUUAUUCACUAAGAUUUGCAAGGAAGGAUUUUCUGCUGGAAAAAUCCCAUGGAGUGUGUAUAAAGGUGUCAAAGAUGAACUCCACCACACUGAGAACAAAGACUUAUACUUCUUCGUUACUAAGUAUUUCUUUGAUAAUUAUGAAGACCAAGAAGAGGUCUGUAGCUAUGUAUUCACCAUACCAGAGUACAAAGAGCUGAUCAAAUACUUCUUGUCUAAUAAAGAAGACCUGAAUGACGAUCUGAUUGAAAUGAAUGAGAACAAUGAAGCAGAGUAUGAUGGCUUCCUGAUUGUCUAAUUUCCUCUAUUAACCAUAUUCUACCUUA